AUGAGUGAGCUAAGGAAGCCCAAGAAAGACCUUCAGGACCCAGGCGAGGCCCAGGGCCCGGAGGAAGCACAGCUCUUGGGGGCUGAGGGAGGGGAGGCAGCAACCCCCUCAGCCUCUUCCCGCCCAGUCUCUUUGUGCGCCGCUGAAGAGGCCUUGCCCCAGGAAGCUCUGAAUAAAAUGGUGGCUAACAUGGUGAAGUUCCUGCUCUGCAAGUAUCGAGCCAAGGAGCCAACCUCUGAUGCCGAAUUGCUGCAUACGGUCCUCGGAGGUAACCAGGAGCACUUCCCGGAGGUCUUCCGCCAAGCGGUUGAAUGCGUUCUGCUGGUCUUUGCUAUAGAUGUGAGGCAGGUAGAAACUGCGCCCAUCUACAUCAUGGUUCCCUGCCUGGGCCUCACCUGUGAUGUGAUACAGAGCGGUGAGCAGGGCCUGCCCAAGGCCGGCCUCCUGGUGGUGGUCCUCAGCCUGAUCCUCCAGAAUGGGGAUCGCGGCCCUGAGGAGGAGAUCUGGAGAGCACUCAACAAGAUGGGAGUGUAUGUUUGGAAGGAGCACUCUAUCUUUGGGGAGCCCAGGGAGCUGCUGACCCAAGUGUGGGUGCGAGAGGGGUACCUGGAGUACCGGCAGGUGCCUGACAGUGACCCUGCUCGCUUCGAGUUCCUGUGGGGUCCCCGGGCCUUUGCGGAGACCAGCAAGGAGAAAUUCACAGAGUAUCUGCUCAGGGUCAACCGAAGGGCUUUUAGGUCCUUCCCAUUCCCUUCUGCAGAGGCUGUGAGGGAGGAGAAAGAGGGGUCCUGA